AUGGCCUUCCUCGAGCUACUGGGCCGCCUUCGGCAGACUGCGCGAGAGGAGCUCACCUUCAUGAUGUUCUUCUUCUGCGCAAGCCUCAUCGGCGUCUUCGCCAUCUUGAUAUACAUCGUCUCGCAAGUUUUUGGCAUGAUGGCAGGUGCAGGAAUCAUGGGGGCAACUGCUGCCCUGGCAGUCCUCAACGUCGAGGCAGAAGAAGAAGCAGAUGAUGCAAUUGAAGCCAAAUCGCAGGAGAUUCUGGCGAGCUUCGCCGACCGCUCGCGAACGAGGCGCGAGUGGUUGCGGCGAAGAAGAGCUCGAAGAGAAGGCGGUGAGGAAGACGAGGAUUCCGGAACGGGUUCCGAGCCCGCUUCUCCGAGCUCGCCCACUGUGCUACCGGAGGGCUCAGAGCCUUUCUUCGAUGACGGCAGCCCGCUGCCUUCAGACAUCAGCGAUCUCAGAGCCACUUUGCAGGCGAGGUUGAAAGCUCUUCGCAACUUGGAGGACGAAGCCGGGUCCAGACAAAAGUCAUCUGCAGAGGCUGGCGGGGAUGGCGAGGCUGCGAUCUGCCAAGAGGCGGCCGACGCUGUACUUCGCGUGCUUACAGAGAUGCGAACGGAGCAGAUUGAGCCUACCACCGUCGCGGUGAACACUGCAAUGCGUGCCUGUGAGAGAGGAAGCGCAUGGGUCGAGGCGCUUCGCAUCUUUCACAACACCGACACCGCCGACCACACGCCACUGGACGUCGUGUCCUUCACCACUGCUAUUAACGCGUGUCGCCACGAAAGUUGCUGGACCGUUGCCUUGGAUUUGCUAUUUCGGACGCAGCAAGCCGAUGAUGUUCGGAGUGAAGCUUUCGACCUGGUGAUGUGGAACGCUGCCAUCGCUGCCUGCGAGAAAGCUGCCGAGUGGACCUGGGCCAUGCAUCUUCUCCGCCAAGCUCGCCAUGUCCUGCUUACUCCCGACUUGGUGACCUACAACUCAACGAUGAGCAGCCUUGCACGUGCACGGAGAUGGGACGGAGCGCUGGCAUUGUGGUUGGAGAUGGACCAAGGAGAUCAGGGCAUACCGAGCCCUGACGCCAUCUCUUGCAAUUCUUGCAUCACUGCCUGCGCGGGAGACGCAUGGGCUUACGCCCUGCGCUUCUUUGAACUUCUUCAAGCAAGGGUCCUGCAGCCCACGACCAUCAGCUUCAACGCCCUCAUCUCUUCGUGCGACAAGGGCCACCAGUGGCAAAGGGCCAUGCACAUCUUCUUCGAAGGCAUGCGGCAGCACCGGGUCGAGGCCAACCUGGUAACCUUUAAUACAACAAUCGCAGCUGGCGAGAAAGGCUUGCCCUGGGCCGAGGCUGUGGCUUUGCUGGAAAGACUCCGCUGUAGCCAGCUGCGCUGUGACGCUCGGACUUUCGCUGCAGUGGCCAGCACUUGCGCCAAGGGCCGCAGCUGGAGUGGGGCCUUGUACUCAUUAGCAGCGGCCAGCCGGGCACAGCUUCACUGGGAGCCCACAGCCUGUGGAGUCACCUGCAGCGUGUGCGCCAGCGCUCGGCAGUGGCGGGUGGCUGCUGAGCUUGUAUCGGCAGGUCAUGGGUGCUUUACUGAAUUCGCAAUGCGGCAGGGUCUCACACCGUCGGCCAUAGCCAUGGUGGCUGAAGUGUUUCUCAUGGCUGGCAGAAUGGACCUUGCACGGCAGCUUCUUCACAGGCUUGUCCACGAGAGUUCAUUGAGCACUCCCUCCGUUCAUGAGGCCCAGCAGUUGCGUCUCAAGCGCCUCGUUGCCGAAAUGCGCGAGCGCAGCGGACAAGGGGAUUCAUUCCCAGCGACACUCACCGCCACAGGCUCUGAAGACUUUCUACGACAGCACUUUCCAUUCCUAACGAAGGCCAUGCGGCGGCACUUGGGCUUUCUCUUCCCAAACAGCUCGCUUCUGGUGCCUGCGCUUACCUGCAGCUUUGCCGCUGUCUACGUGGUUCGGAAGCUUCGACUCCAGGUCCAGCAGCUGGAGCGGUUGACGGCAGAUGUGCCAGCGGCAGAAGAUCUAGAAGACCUCCAACCUUCUGGCAACAAGAGUGGCGCGUUUGAAGAGAUGGCAUCGCCUUCACAGCAGCAUCUGCAGCAGCAGCUUAUCAAUGUCUUGGCUUUGCUUUCCCUGCGGGACAGCUUUAUUGCUCUGCCUGCAGUGUCGCGCUCGAUGCACCAGAUUUUCCAAGAGGAGGUCUUCACCGGAAUUCGGACCAACCACCUCUGGCCCACUACCGAAGGGUUUCCUCCGCCUGCGCCGGGGGACCCUCCGAGUGAGGCUCUGAAACCCUCGCCUCUUGAAGUUCUGUUUUUGUGGUCCAUUCGCGAGCGAUGGGCCGGCUUUUCCAACGGUGCAGCCGAAGCGCCCCACCGAGCUCUGCAGCCAGCCGCAGGGAGGAAGGCGCCUGGCCCCAUCCUGUGGACGCUGGAGCGCUUUGGCUGGAACGAUCGCGGGGCCCGAGCCCUGCGCACAGUGCUCAAAUGGAAAGCAGACCCCGACGAGCUGGAUGCCAACAGGUGGACGCCCUUGAUUUGGGCAGCCCACCUUGGAUCCGUCAUAAUCGGCCGCCUGCUUCUGCGUGCCGGUGCAAAUCCGGAUCAUAUUGGGGCCGAGGGCUCCUCCGCCCUGAGCGUGGCUUGCCGCUCUGCUCACCAGGAGGUUGUCCAGCUGCUGCUGCUCAACCAAGCUUCACCCUACUUAGUGCCCAUCGGGAAUGGCAACUUCGAUCACCACGUGGGUGAGGAGAUCUUGGAGAUGGUACGCCAAUAUCGGAAGUUGUCCACAAAGCGUGGCAGCUUCGUGCUCAGCUCCAGCUGA